UGUCGCGUUUAAGUCACUUCCGGGGCGGAUCGGAAGUUGCUUUGUUUUGCUUCAAGAUGGCUGCGGGGAUGUAUUUGGAACAUUAUCUGGACAGUAUUGAAAACCUCCCCUUUGAACUGCAGAGAAACUUUCAGCUCAUGAGGGACCUGGACCAAAGAACAGAGGACCUGAAGGCUGAAAUUGACAAGUUGGCCACUGAGUAUAUGAGUAGCGCCCGCAGCCUGAGCUCCGAGGAAAAAUUGGCCCUUCUCAAACAGAUCCAGGAAGCCUAUGGCAAGUGCAAGGAAUUUGGUGACGACAAGGUGCAGCUUGCCAUGCAGACCUAUGAGAUGGUGGACAAACACAUUCGGCGACUGGACACAGACCUGGCCCGUUUUGAGGCUGACUUGAAGGAGAAACAGAUUGAGUCCAGUGACUAUGACAGCUCUUCCAGCAAAGGCAAAAAGAAAGGCCGGACUCAAAAGGAGAAGAAAGCCGCCCGUGCUCGUUCCAAAGGGAAAAACUCAGAUGAAGAAGCCCCCAAGGCUGCCCAGAAGAAGUUAAAACUUGUGCGCACUCCUGAGUAUGGGAUGCCCUCAGUGACCUUUGGCAGUGUCCACCCCUCUGAUGUGUUGGAUAUGCCUGUGGAUCCCAACGAACCCACCUAUUGCCUUUGUCACCAGGUCUCCUAUGGAGAGAUGAUUGGCUGUGACAACCCUGAUUGUUCCAUCGAGUGGUUCCACUUUGCCUGUGUGGGGCUGACAACCAAGCCUCGGGGGAAGUGGUUUUGCCCACGCUGCUCCCAAGAACGAAAGAAGAAAUAGAUAAGGGCCUUGGAUUCCAACAGAGUUUCUUCCACAUCCCCUGACCUGGGCUAGUGGGGAGCAGAAUGCCUGUGCUGGGGCCAGGGGAUUCAGGGAGAAGUGGAUGGUGCAGGUUGUCACCCCUUCUCCUCCCCUCUCCCCACUCCUGGUGCUGAGGCUGCAUCCAUACCCUGGUAGGGAGGGGUGCCACAGCCGUAAUGGUAUGUGCUCUCAUUCUGCCCGCCCCCUUCAGAGGGAAGUGGUCUUGCCCACUGUCCUUUUGCCUCCAUGCUGAGGUUGGUGCUGUAUUUCCGAGGGAUGGUCCUCUGUACUCCCCUUGCUUUGUAUUUAAGGACUGGGGCAGAAGCAUGGGGGCACUCCCCCAGCCCUCCUAAUUCCCUCCCCCGUGGGGGGCUAUGGUGUAAUAAACUUUCUUAAUUCUC